AUUUGUCCUAAUAUUUAUAUAUAUAUAUAUAUUUUAAUUAUUUUAAUAACAAUAUUUAAUGUAAUUUUUUUUCUGACUACAUUGUCUAUUAAUUGCUUUAUGCCUAAAUUUCAUUAAAUAUAUAUUUGUAAAUAAUGAAAAUGAAAACUUGAACACUUAUAUAAAUCGAAAUUGUAUCAGUUAUUUGAUUUGAAAACAAUUGUACUAUGAUAUCGGAAGUAUAAAUCAGAAUUUAUCAUUAAAAAAAUCAUUUUUACAUUCGUAACAUACAUUAUUUGGAAAUAACACUUAAAUAAUUAUAGAUGAAAUAUCUUAUAAUACUGAGAAAAUGUCAUUUAUUAAGAGAAUAAGGCUUGGCAAUUGUGCUGCAUCAUUACCCAUCUCAAGUUUAUCAAAUAGAAAACUAAGCAGUUUAGGUUUAUGGCAACAAGAUAUAUGUACUGAAAUUAAAGUAAAAAUAGAAAAACAUUGGUCAAGGACUGUAUUAAAUAACAUUAAUAAAGAUUCAGAUAAAGCAUACUAUAUUUUGCCAAUGUUCCCAUAUCCGUCGGGCAAUUUACAUAUGGGGCAUGUAAGAGUUUAUUCUAUAUCAGACACCAUUGCAAGAUUUCAUGCACUAAAUGGUGAAGAUGUUAUUCAUCCAAUUGGGUGGGAUGCUUUUGGUUUACCAGCUGAAAAUGCCGCCAUUGAACGUAAUAUUGCACCUCAUAAAUGGACAAAUGCAAAUAUUAAUUCAAUGAAGCAACAACUGCUCCAGUUGGGUUUAAAUUUUGAUUGGAGUCGAGAAAUAUCCACUUGUGAGCCUCAAUAUUAUAAAUGGACACAAUAUAUAUUUUUGAAACUGUUCGAGAAAGGAAUGGUGUACCAAAGCAAGGCAAAAGUGAACUGGGAUCCAGUAGAUAAAACAGUCUUAGCUGAUGAGCAAGUGGAUGAUUCUGGACAUUCUUGGAGAUCAGGAGCCAAAGUUGAAUCUAAAAUUCUUACUCAAUGGUUUAUCAAAACUACAAAAUAUGCAAAAAAAUUAUAUGAUGGCUUAAAUAGUGAAUACUUAGAGAACUGGAAAGACAUUAUCAAUUUGCAAAAACAUUGGAUUGGAGAAUGUGAUGGAAUUGUUGUAUCAUUCACAAUGAAAGUAGGUAAUAAAGUUAAGCAAUUUGAUGUUUGGACACAUGAACCUUAUAGGUUUAUUCAUGGUAAAUUUUUAACAAUGAGUAAAAAUAAUAUAAUAAUUCAAGAAAUACCGAUUGAAGACACGGGCCAUUUGUUGUGUUACAAUCCUAUUACUAAUACUGAACUACCAAUUUAUAUAACAGAUGAAGUAAAUUAUCCAAUUGGAAGAGAUGUAUAUAUAGCUUCACCAGCAACAAAUCAAGAUGAUCUAAAAUUAGCCAAAUCCUUAAAUAUAUCAGUCAGUAAAAGUGAUAAAGUAAUUGACUUUGAAAGUGAUAAUCACAAAGUUAUAAGUAUUGCUAAUAAUAAAAAUGUGGGUGGUUAUUUUGUAAAUUCAAAACUUAAAGAUUGGCUAAUAUCUAGACAAAGAUAUUGGGGUACACCUAUACCAAUUAUUCAUUGUGAUAAUUGUGGUGCUGUACCCGUGCCAUAUACAGAACUACCUGUUAAGUUGCCAUGCAUUGAAUUUUCAGAAUAUGGUAGUCAAACAUUAACAAAAUUAAAUGACUGGGUUAAUUGUAAAUGUCCAAAAUGUCAUUCUGAUGCUAAAAGAGAAACUGAUACCAUGGAUACAUUUGUAGAUUCGUCUUGGUAUUAUUAUCGGUUUUUAGAUCCUCAGAAUGAAAUAAAACCAUUUGAUAAAGAAAAGCUAUGUAAUAAGGUACCUGUUAAUAUCUAUAUUGGAGGCAAAGAACAUGCUGUACUCCAUUUGUACUAUGCUCGAUUUAUGAGUUAUUUUUUACAUUCGCUUGGAUGGACACCAACAGAAGAGCCUUUCAAGAAACUUCUUGUUCAAGGGAUGGUUAUGGGACAGUCAUACAAGCUAAAAUCGUCUGGAAAAUAUUUACCUCCUGAAAGUGUUGAAAAAAUAGGAAAAGAAUAUAAAGAAAAAAAGUCUGGAGAACCAGUAAUAGUGCAGUGGGAAAAAAUGAGUAAAUCAAAAUAUAAUGGAGAAAAUCCUGAAAGAUUGUUAUCUAAAUAUGGUUGUGAUACAACUAGACUCCUUAUAUUGGCAGAUGUUCCUCCAGCUACUAACAGGAAUUGGUCUGACGCAACAUUACCAGGAGUUUUAAAUUGGCAACAUCGACUAUGGAUUACUAUAAGAGAUUUUCUAAAUUAUAGAAAUAAUACUUCUUUAGAAAAUAACUUAAGUGAUGAAGAAUUUAUGAAAUUAGAAUCAAAAAUAUGGGAAUCCAAAAAUUAUUUUAUUGCAACUAGCACCUAUCAUUUCAAACACACUCAAAAACUUAGUGUUGGUAUUUCAAGAUUGCAAGGCUUAACAAAUACCUUAAGAAAUAAUUUGCCAUGUGAAUUGAUAAGCAAGAGCCAAGAAUUUGAAAAGGCAUUAGCAUGUUUAAUUAUUAUGUUGGCUCCAGUUAUGCCACAUUUUUGCUCAGAGCUCUGGGCUGGUUUCUUAUCAGCUCCCAAUAGAAAAUCUGCAACAACAAAUAAUGUUAUUAAUUGGAAUAAAAAUGUCUUUGAACAAAAAUGGCCAAAGGUUGAUGACAGUUACAAAUUAUCAUUUUUAUGCAAGGUUGAUGGUGCGGAUAGGUGUGAUUUGAAAAUCAGAGCUACAGAACUUGAUAAUUUAAGCCAGGAACAAGCUUUAAGAAUGAUGCUGAAUCAGGAAUCAGUAUCAAAUAGAAUAAAGAAUGAAAUAUCACGAACUAAAUAUGAAUUAUACCCAGGUUGUCGUGCUAUACUACACAUAUUCACAAAAAAGCAACAGAAAAAGCCUAAAAACGAAACUAAAGAACUUGCAGCAAAUAUCCAAGCAAAUUGAAAAUAUGUGUUGGUGUUAUAAGACAAUGAUCUAAAGUCUAUACUACCAAUUAUUACUAUCUAGUACUACCAAUUAGUAUGGUCAGUAUUCUAGAGAUAUAGUAUGCAAAGCAAUGUUGUGAAGUUAAAAAAAUUAUGAUAAUAAAUAAUUAGUUCGAAAAUA